AUGGCAAGCAAAGCUCAAAGCAAUACUAUGAUGGUGGCAGCUUUCGACUUUGGUACCACAUAUAGCGGCUAUGCGUACUCCUUCAGUCACGACCCCAAUACUAUUCAGACAAAUCAGAACUGGUAUGCAGGAGGUGGUGCUUCAAGAUUAGUGUCACUGACGCCUACAUACGUCCUUUUAAAUCCAAAGGAAAGGUUUGACAAGUUUGGUUUUGAGGCCGAGGACAAAUACGCAAGCCUAGCUGAAGGUGGUAAGCACCACGGCUGGAGACUUUUUUGGAGGUUUAAGAUGGUGCUGCAUAGCACUAAGCACUUGACAAAAGACGUAGAGGUGGAGGACUUUUGCGGAAAAAAGAUGAAGGCUUUUCCAUUGUUUGUCAUGUCGAUUAAAUACCUGAAAGAACACUUAUUUGCGGCGAUUACGAGGCAAACGACAGGAUUCGAGGAGACGGAUAUCCUGUACGUGUUGACCGUCCCAGCUAUCUGGGAUGACAAUGCUAAGUGUUUUAUGAGGGAAGCGGCAGUAACAGCUGGAGUAGACCCAAGACGCCUAAAGCUGGCCUUGGAGCCGGAAUGUGCCUCGGUCCAGUGUGAGACGCUGAGCAUGGCCUUUAAGGGCGCUGUAACGGUUCAAGGAUCACAGUUCAUGGUCGUCGACCUUGGAGGAGGCACCGCAGAUAUAUCUGUUCAUGAGAGAAAAGCAGAUGGAACCCUGAAGGAGAUCCACAUAUCCAGUGGCGGUCCAUGGGGAGGCAUCUUUGUGGAUGAAAAUUACAUGAAAAUGUUGAAUGAACUCUUUGGAGAAAAAGCUAUUACCGAACUUCGAAAGACUGAAAUGAAUGAUUAUUUUGACGUCAUUCGGGAAUUUGAACAUAAGAAACGAUCAUUUGACACUGAAAAAACAAACCAAUUAAUUGUUCGUAUUUCUGCCUCGCUGAGAGAUCUUGCGGAAAAGUAUUCUUCCAAAUCUUUAGAGGAACGAAUUGGGACCUUACAAAUUGACAAUGUCAUCGCCAAGAAAGGCAAAGACAAGCUACAGUUUGAUACAGCAAUUGUCAAGGCCUGGUUUGAAAGACCAAUCGAUCUGCUGAUGCGGCAUCUAAAGUCUAUUUUAGCUGAACCAAAGAUGCGAAGCGUGCACACCGUUAUUCUGGUGGGCGGAUUCGGCGAAAGCCCGUACGUUCAGAGGAGAAUCAAAAGUGAAAUAACCGGCGUGAGACUGAUCGUCCCAUCAGAAGCAGGUCUCACCGUGUUGAAAGGCGCUGUUCGGACGACACAUGAGAACCCCGAGUACACGACGGACCCCGGAUGUGAACUACUAGGGACUAUAAGGCUAGAGUGUAGCAAGGAUAUCCCAUUACAGCAUCAGGUUCUAGAAACUACGUUUAUGUUCGGGGAUACAGAACUUCUUGUCAAAAAGAAGAACAUGAGCACUGGAAAAGUAGCCUAUAUGGACUUUGAGUGCUUCAAAUAA